AUGAGGGGCUUCCGCUCUGCGCUCUGCCGCGCGGCGGCGCGGACGCGGGCGGAGCUCCAGGGCGCGCGGGGCCGCCGGUCGUCCCACUCCGCCGCGGCGCCCGCGAGGCCUUCCUUCGGCAUCGCCUUCGACAUCGACGGGGUCAUCCUGCGCGGCCGUAGCCCUAUCGGAGGCUCGCCGCAGGCCAUCCGACGCCUCUACGCCGACGACGGUACCCUGAAGAUUCCGUUUCUCUUCUUAACCAACGGAGGUGGUGUUCCAGAGUAUAAAAGAGCUCUGGAGUUAAGUGAGCUUUUGGGAGUUAACAUCUCUCCAUCUCAGGUUGUUCAUGGCCAUUCUCCUUACAGAGAGCUGUUGAAACGUUUCGAAGAUGAUCCUAUUGUUGCUGUUGGAAAAGGUGAGCCUGCAGCAGUGAUGGCUGAGUAUGGGUUUAGAAAGGUUCUAUCUAUAGAUGAUUAUGCAUCUUAUUUUGGAGAAAUUGACCCCCUAGCUCCUUUCAAGAAAUGGAACGUGGGACAAUCAAACUGUCAAAACUUAAUGUCUGAGAAAAUGCACCCACCAUAUGAUGUUCACUCGGAGAGAGUUAAAGGAGUGUUUGUUGUCAGUGACCCUGUUGAUUGGGGUAGAGAUCUGCAGGUACUUUGCGACAUCUUGUCAACUGGUGGACUUCCUGGAAAUGGAAAAGGAGAUCAACCUCCUUUAUAUUUUGCGGCUGAUGAUCUUGAAUAUCAGGCUGCAUUUCCUUCAGAGCGGCUUGGGAUGGGUGCCUUCAGGAUUGCACUGGAAAGCAUCUUCAAUCAAGUUAAUGAUCUUCCAUUGAAGUAUACAUCUUAUGGGAAGCCUAAUCCAUUUGUGUUCAAGAAUGCAGCUAACAUACUAGAAAAAAUUGUCAUGGGUAUCUAUCCAAACUCACAGUCAACAAAGGAAGUAAAAGACCAUCAGCUCUCUACUAUCUACAUGAUUGGUGAUAAUCCUAAAGUUGAUAUUUGUGGAGUUUUGAAGGCUGGGCCUCCGUGGUCGUCCAUCCUUACUAGGACUGGUGUUUUUAGGGGAACUGAUAAUGAUCCAAAGUUUCCUGCUGAUUUGGUUGUUGAUACUGUGGAUGAUGCCGUCAGCUGUAUUUUGGAAAAAGAAUGUAUUCGGUGACAUUUGGCGCCUGCAGAUCUAUGCUCCCAUGCCACCAACUGUAUUCUGGAAAAGAAACCUAUACGGUGACAUUGUGGCAUCUGCACACCUAUGCUCCCAGUACUGCUAUUUGGACGCUUGGUAACACAUUUUUGCCAUUUUUCAGUCUAGAAAUGUUGGACCAAACAGUUGGCUGGAGUUCGAUCGAUGCAUGUCUGAUUCGUUGUAGGAUACAGAUAUGCUCUAGAGAGGAAAAACAAUUAUCUUCCUAGGAUCAUAUGCAUCCACUACCCAAUUAGUUGUAUAUAGAAUCAACCAUUCACAUAUCUAGACAAAUGGUCUGUCCCUCAAGAGGGUCACAAUGAUUUUGAAACAAAGCAUACACUCUGGUGCUUGGUAAUCAAAGAAAUAUUCUUUGA